GCAGUCGGCGCUUCCCAUGAUAGGUGGGAGAAAGGAGAGUUCAGCUUCUGUGUGUGCUCACGAAGUGAAACAGAGCUGGCUACGCUGCAGAGAAUCUCUAGGAACUGAGGGCUCUUAACCACUUAAAGCGCCUUAAUAUUUUUUCUUUUUCUACCGACUUGCUCGUCUGAGUUUUCAUCAUGCCGGUUUUUCACACAAAGACGAUAGAAAGUAUUUUGGAGCCCGUGGCUCAACAGAUAUCCCACUUGGUGAUCAUGCACGAAGAAGGCGAAGUAGAUGGGAAAGCCAUCCCGGAUCUUACCGCUCCCGUAGCCGCGGUGCAGGCAGCUGUCAGCAACCUCGUCAGGGUGGGGAAGGAAACAGUGCAAACUACGGAAGAUGCCGUUAUGAAGAGAGACAUGCCUCCUGCAUUCAUUAAGGUGGAGAAUGCGUGCACUAAGCUGGUUCAGGCGGCUCAGAUGCUGAAGUCCGACCCAUACUCCGUUCCUGCACGUGACUACCUCAUCGAUGGAUCCCGGGGCAUCCUCUCAGGAACCUCUGACUUGCUCCUCACCUUUGACGAGGCUGAGGUACGGAAAAUCAUCCGUGUGUGUAAGGGCAUUCUGGAGUACCUGACUGUUGCUGAGGUGGUGGAGUCAAUGGAUGACCUGAUCACGUACACGAAGAACCUAGGGCCAGGAAUGACAAAGAUGGCGAAGAUGAUUGAUGAGCGCCAACAGGAGCUGACUCAUCAGGAGCAUCGUGUCAUGCUUGUCAACUCCAUGAACACAGUGAAGGAGCUCCUGCCUAUCCUCAUCUCAGGCAUAAAGAUCUUUGUGACGACAAAGACAGGGCAGAGCCACGGCGUGGACGAGGCCCUUAAGAACAGGAACUUCACCGUGGACAAGAUGAGCGCUGAGAUCAACGAGAUUAUCCGCGUGCUUCAGCUCACAUCCUGGGAUGAAGACGCCUGGGCCAGCAAGAAGGACACUGAGACUAUGAAGAGAGCACUGGCACUUAUCGACUCUAAAAUAGCCCAGGCAAAGAACUGGCUAAGAGACCCCAAUGCCCAGCCUGGUGAGGCAGGUGAACAGGCAGUCAGGCAGAUAUUGGAUGAGGCAGGGAAAGUGGGUGAACUGUGUGCUGGGAAGGAGAGGAGAGAGAUCCUGGACACAGCCAAGACCCUUGGCCAUCUCACAGACCAGGUGGCAGACCUGCGUGCCAGGGGUUCAGGUACGAGUCCCGUGGCCAUUCAGAAGGCCCAGCAGGUGUCUCAGGGGCUGGACGUGUUGUCGGGGAAGGUGGGGAGCGCUGCGCGGAAACUGGAGGCUAUGACCAACUCCAAACAGGCCCUGGCCAAGAGGGCAGAGGCUGCACAGGGCUGGCUAGCAGACCCUGUUGCUGGCCCUGAGGGGGAGGAGCAUGUGAAGGCGGUCUUGGCAGAGGCGAGGAAGAUCGCGGAGCUGUGUGAAGACCCUCGUGAGAGAGACGACAUUGUGCGCAGCAUGGGCGAAAUCGCUGCCCUCACGGGCAAACUGAGCCAGCUCAGGAAGGCGGGUAAAGGAGACACCCCUGAAGCACGGGCCCUGGCUAAGCAGAUCUCUACAGCUCUGCAGAACCUGCAGUCCAAAACGGGCCGCGCUGUAGCCAACAGUCGGCCAGCCAAAGCUGCAGUGCACCUGGAGGGGAAGAUGGAGCAGGCCCAGCGCUGGAUGGAUAACCCCAGCAUGGACGAUGGUGGCGUGGGUCAAGCAGCGAUUCGUGGGCUGGUUGCUGAGGGCCGUCGCCUGGCCAACGUGUUGCCAGGCUCUCAGCGAGCGGAGCUUCUGGGGAAGUGUGAGCAGGUGGAGCAGCUGAUGGGUCAGCUGGCGGAGAUGUCGGCCCGUGGAGGUGCAGACACACCACACGCUCGUGCCCUCGCACAUCAGCUACAGGAUGCACUUAAGGAACUGAAGGGUCAAAUGCAAGAGGCCAUGACCCAGGAAGUGUCAGACAUCUUCAGUGACACAACCACCCCCAUCAAACUACUCUCUGUAGCUGCAACUGCUCCACAAGGCACCCCAAACAGAGAGGAGGUGUUUGAGGAGCGGGCAGCGAACUUUGAGACCCAUGCUGGGCGGCUGGGGGCGACAGCAGAAAAGGCUGCUGCUGUGGGAACAGCGAAUCGAAGCACGGUGGAGGGAAUACAUGCUGCAGUGAAGUCUGCCAGAGACCUAACACCACAGGUGGUCUCUGCUGCUCGGAUCCUUCUGAAGAACCCUGGAAACCAGGCAGCGCAGGAACACUUUGAAACCAUGAAAAACCAGUGGAUCGACAAUGUGGAGAAGAUGACUGCUCUGGUGGACGAAGCAAUAGAUACCAAGUCGCUAUUAGAUGCUUCUGAAGAGGCAAUUAAAAAUGAUCUGGAGAAAUGUCAGGUUGCCAUGGCCAAUCACCAGCCGCAGAUGCUGGUUGCCGGGGCAACCAGCAUCGCCCGACGGGCCAAUCGUAUUCUGCUGGUGGCCAAGCGGGAGGUGGAGAACUCUGAGGACCCCAAGUUCCGUGAGACAGUGAAAGCAGCCUCAGAUGAACUGAGCAGCACCAUCUCUCCCAUGGUGAUGGGGGCUAAGGCUGUCGCUGCCAACAUACAGGAUCCAACUCUUCAAAAAGGCUUUAUGGAUUCUGGCUAUAGAAUUUUGGGUGCUGUAGCUAAAGUGCAAGAGGCCUUCCAGCCUCAGGAGCCUGACUUUCCCCCACCCCCUCCUGACCUUGAGCCACUAAGCCUAAAUGAUGACACCGCACCCCCAAAACCCCCCCUGCCGGAGGGUGAGGUGCCGCCUCCGAGACCCCCUCCUCCUGAGGAGAAGGAUGAAGAGUUUCCAGAGCAAAGGGCAGGCGAGAUGGUCAGCGAACCAAUGAUGGUCGCUGCCCGACAACUCCAUGAUGAAGCUCGCAAGUGGUCCAGCAAGGGUAAUGAUAUCAUUGGUGCAGCAAAGCGCAUGGCUCUGUUGAUGGCAGAGAUGUCUCGGCUGGUGCGGGGGGGCAGUGGCAAUAAGCGUGCUCUAAUUCAGUGUGCUAAAGACAUCGCCAAAGCCUCCGAUGAGGUGACUCGCCUCGCCAAAGAGGUUGCCAAGCAAUGCACAGACAAACGCAUCAGGACCAACUUACUGCAGGUUUGUGAGCGUAUACCCACAAUCAGCACCCAACUGAAGAUUCUGUCUACAGUAAAGGCUACCAUGCUGGGACGCACUAACAUUAGUGAGGAAGAAUCUGAGCAGGCUACAGAGAUGCUCGUUCAUAAUGCUCAGAACCUCAUGCAGUCCGUCAAGGAGACUGUGCGGGAAGCAGAGGCUGCGUCAAUUAAGAUCCGCACGGACGCUGGAUUUACCCUCCGCUGGGUCCGGAAGACGCCCUGGUACCAGUGAGAGAGCAUUACAUCUGGACCACUUCCACAAGCACACACCACACACAGCACCAGCCACUACCACUCUCUCUCUCUCUCUCUCUCUCUCUGUCUCUCUCUCUCUGAUACAGUUCCCCUCAGGUUUAGCUGGUAAGCCCUUUAUCCCAAACUUGUAUAUCUGCUGCUCUUACAAAUCUCUGUCAGAGAAUGUAAGCUAAGGGAUUGCCCAUGUCACUCCAACUGCUAUUAUUUUCUAAGGGAAAAUUCCUUUUAUAAUUUGUGUUAAAAACAGGUUUGAGUGAUCCCAAGUGUGUUUUAUAUUUAAAUCUGGUAAAGAUUGUUUGUUACUUUCCUAAACCUUUAAUGUUUUCCUGUACUUUUCAUGUUGUAGGCAUACAAAGUAUGAUGGACUUUUUGAAAUUCUCCUGUAACAAAUUGCACAAAUUGUAUUCUUUUGUACUGAAUCCUUAUAUUCCCCAAAGUAAUAAACCAUUGUAUUCAUUUCAGUGUUUGGCUCUAUAUGGAGGAGCCGCUUAAAUCAGGUGUGCGUGGUAAAAUAAGAAUAAUCACUGAAACGUGUAGGAAUCUUAUUUUAAGGCCAUAUUCCUUUUACGUUUUAUGCUUUGUCAGUAGUACUGCCAAAGAUUUGCUGAUCUUCCGAUUUGCUUUUGUGUUUGUGUAUCAAAAGGGAAUGAGCACUGGGGGCUGAAAUAGUUAAACCACUCACAUUCUACAUGACUCUGAACAUUUUACUCUGCUUGAAAUUAUGGGAACAGAUUGGUUGGAUUUUAUUCCAUUUCCUGUAACUGGCAUCUCUGUGAAGUUGAUCACAUUUGUUAUUGGAUUUUUGUUAGUCUGUGUCAUUCAGAACCAAACAUUUUUCCUGAACCAAUUUAGGCCUUUGGCCUGGUGCUCUAGUGUGUAUUCAGCAUUAACCAAGGCUAAUUUGCCUGUGUGUACUCUGCCAUCUUUUAAUGUUCGAAAGGUAAUCACACAGCUGAAAUACACUAAUGUUCAUAAGAAUUCUAAUGCUUUAUAGUACAUUUCUAAUGGUGACCAGCAAUUUGAAUGUAAAUAUCAGUCUGCCCUGUAAGACUUGUUCCUGUGCCUUAUUAAAACAACUACUUAUGAACAGAA